UUCCACUCUUCUCUCCCAGCAGUCCUUCAGCUCGAGACCGACCACACCCACCCAUCCCUCUCCACAGAAAUCAAAGACAACAAGAAGAAUGCCUUCCACCGCCACCCUCAACUACUUCGGACUCCCCGGCCGGGGUGAGGCUACCCGCGUCGCGCUCGCCUACGCCGGGAAGGAUUUCGAGGACAACCGAAUGGGGUUCCCUGAGUACGGUGCCUGCAAGUGGGCGGGCAAGGGUCUGCCUGUCUUGGAGAUGGACGAUGCCGAGUACACCCAGUCGACCGCCCUCCUCCGGUAUGCCGGCAAACUGGGAGGCCUGUACCCCGACGACGCGCUCGCCGCCCUCAAGGUGGAUGAGAUAGUGAUGAUCGCGGAGGACGUAAUGGCCAACAUGUUCAAGUGCAUGGGCCAGGAAGACGACACCGUGGCCAAGGAAGUCCUCGAGGGAAAGAUCAAGACCCUGGUAGGCAUGCUUGUCGCCAAGCUUGCGGCUAACCCGUCCUCCAAGUUCUUCGUCGGGAACUCCCCCACCAUCGCGGACCUCCAGGUGCACGCCGUGAUCAAGAACUUCGAAGCAAACUUCCUGACGGGUCUCCCCACGACGCACAUCGCGGACACCGCCCCCACGCUCAUGGAGAUGCAGGCCGCCCUCUUGGAGGACCCCAAGGUGAAGGCGUACUACGCUUCCAAGGCGUGA